GGAUUCACCCCCGAGCGGUUCGAGCGAGAGCUCAAGGACCUGGCGGCCAAGGCGAAGAGCGACACGCGGGGCAACCGGCUGCUCGGCCAGGCGACGCUCUACGUCAAGGCGGCGGCGCUGCUGACGCUGCUGGGCAUCUACUCCAACGCCUCGCAGCUGGCGCUGUCGCCCGUGUACGGGUCCGUCCCCGCGGCGGGCUGGCACUCCAAGGCGCUCAUGGCCGGGUGCUUCGUCGGGUGGGCGGGCAACCUCGCGCUGAGGCAGCUGCUGCGGCCCCUCGGGACGGCGCGGCUGCUGCCGCUGGUGGCGCUGUACGUGCCCGUGAUGCAGUGCUUCCUGUACAGCUUCAGCGAGGCGCUGGGGGCGAGCUGGGGCCCGCUCGUGACGGAGGGGGUGACGCUGGUUCCGCUGGCGAUUCUGACGGCCGCUUGCGUGGCGGACGAGCUGGAGGGUGCGGACCUGAGUUCCUUGCCCAAGGGCCUGGGGGAGGCCGUUCCCGGGAUCGGCUCGUGGGCGACGUUUAAGCUGGUCGAGCACGUGGCGGAGAAGAUGCUGCAGAGGCACGUCGGGACGGUGUUUUGGUACACGCGGAUGGGCCUGGAGAUGCUGCUCGCGGGGUGCUAUGCCGUCUUUGCGCCGUCGAGGUGGCUCGCGCUUGCGAUCCCGGCGCUGGUGCACACGGCCAUGUUCAAUCCGCAUGUGGCCACGCCGGCGGCGACGGCGUUGUUGAAUUCGACCCUGGCGGCCGACCACUGGCUGCUGCUGGACCGGCGGGAGUCGGUGACGGGGUACGUUUCCGUGGUCGAGAACACGCAGAGCAGGAUGCGCGUCAUGCGGGCUGAUCAUAGCUUGCUGGGGGGAGACUGGGUGGAUUGGCGGGGGAAUCAAGUGACGGAGCCGAUUUACGCCGUCUUUGUGAAUUUGGAGGCUAUUCGCUUGGUGGAGAGGGAGAGGCCGGUGGCGGACUCGAGGGCCAAGGCGCUG